AUGAUGGAUGUUGAGAAUAAGAUAUUAUCAAAGGAAGAGAUGGAAGUAUUGACAAGUAUUGCGAGAUAUUUAAAAAGUGAACAAGAUUUUAUUAACUUUGUGAUGGUAUGUAAAUCUCAUCAAAAUGUCUUAGAUUGUUUUUUUUUUAAUCCUAUUAGCUCAACUCGUCUUUUUCUCAACUUGCAAGAACAAUGGUUAUACUAUCCCUGGGAUUGUGUCACUCGUAAAGUUAAAAAAAUUGUUUUGAAUUACCCAAUUACAACAAAAGAUUAUAACUCACUUAAAGGAAAUCGAAAUAUUAUUUGUAAACAAGUUAAGUUUACAAAAAAAGAUCGUGAGAAUUUAGGAAAUAAAAUUCCAUCAAUUGUAAACUCAAUUGAAGAAAAAUGCUUUGAACAAUGUACAGAUUUAGAACAAAUCACGUUACCAGGUAGAAUUACAUCAUUAGGAUAUUCUUCAUUUCGAGAUUGUGUUAAAUUAUCAUACAUAGAAUUACCAGAUAAUUUAAUAAGCAUUGGGUCUUGUUGUUUUGAUCAUUGUAUUAAUUUAAAAUCAUUGACAAUUCCUAAUAACGUGAAUUAUAUUGGAGAUAAUGCGUUUUUCUGUUGUAAUUCUCUUACAUCAAUUUAUUUACCUACACACCUUACUUCUUUAGGAAAGUCAUGUUUUUUUGGAUGUAAUAAUUUAAAAACUAUUUAUGCAUCAGAAGAAAUUUGUAUGAGGUUGCCAUAUUACUUUUCUUCUUCUUCAUUUGCAAUUUGA